AUGGCUUCGACCGCAUUCAAAGUUACCAUUGUUGGUGGUGGUGUUGCGGGCCUCACACUGGCAAACGCUCUCGAACAGGCAAAAGUCGAAUAUGUACUUUUGGAGAGCAAGGGACAAUUUGCACCUGCUGUAGGUGCCUCGAUAGCAAUCGGCGCGAACGGCAACCGCGUCCUCGAUCAGCUAGGAUGCUAUGAUACGUUAGAGCGACACACGGAUCCUCUUGUCCACACGAGGACGUGGAAGGAUGGCAAGGUAGUGAGGUUUUCCGAUCAGCCAGUAAUCCAUCAUAAACGGUUCGGCUAUCCCAUCUAUUUCUGUGACCGUCACCUUCUCCUUGCCACGCUUUACGACAACAACAAUGACAAGCGUAAUCUGCUGCUCAACAAGAGAGUUUCGAGAAUCGAUCACAACCACAAAACUGCAACCGUCCAGUGCAAGGAUGGAACCACAUACACUGGAGAUGUCAUUGUCGGCGCUGAUGGAGUGCAUAGCAUCGUACGGCAGGAGAUGUUCCGUCAUUUGGAGGUCAACGAGCCACAUCUGCUUGAUCCCUCUGACAAAACCGCCAUGUCAUCAGAGUACAAGUGCAUGUUUGGCGUCUCGAAGCCAACAUCGGGGCUCGACAGGCCAGGAGAUGUGGGUAUAUUCAACCAAGCCCUCGGCCAUGACCUUUCCUUCCUGCACUCAAACGACAAGUCAGGCCGCAUUUUUUGGUUCGUCUUCGAGAAGCUGGACAGAAAACACCAAUUCCCGAACAUUCCCACAUUCACGGAUGAUGAUGCUGUGGCUCUGGCACAUCGAUGCUCGUCGGUCCGGAUGAACGACAAGGUGUCGUUCGCCGAUAUUUGGAAGAACCGCUUGGCAUACAGAUUGGUCCCUCUGGAAGAAGCACUCUUUCAGCGUUGGACGUGGGGACGCCUUGUAUGCAUUGGAGAUUUGGUUCACAAGUGGACGCCUAAUAUUGGGCAAGGCGGUAACAACGCAAUCGAGUCCGCCGCUCUACUUGCCAACAAGUUAUUCCAGCUUGCGCACCAAACUCCUAGCCCUUCGCAAAAGGAGGUGGAAGAAGUAUUGAAGAGUUUCUACCACCGACGGCUACCACGAGCGGCAUCGACCUUCAAGCUCGCAAAUCUUGCAACACGACUAGAGGCACUUAAAAGCUCCAGGGAGGAAUUCUUAGCCCUAUCCGUCAUCCCUCGGGUUGGUGACUGGCUCAUCAACCAGGUCACACUCAGCACUGUAGGAGCCGAGAAGGUCGACUACUUACCAGUACCAACGAGGUCCUUUCAAGGCACCAUGCGCUUCAAUCAGGCAAAAUUACGGACGCGGGACGAAGCAGCCCUUUACCAAAAGGGUGUUCUUUGCUCUCCCUUUCCUCGUCCUCAGCUUCUUCGCACAUCGCAUCUUCUCCUAUAUCUUGGCUCAACCUGCCUCCAGAGUACAGUCGCUAAGAGCCUUGCAUCGGGCCAGCUCAAAUUCAACGGUCAGGCCUGGAAACUUCCGACUCAGUUUAGCCCGUUCGCGCUGCUUGUGACAGCGUUCUCUCCCUCCACCCUCGACAUCGACCCGAUGCAGAAGCUUCAGGCGGUCUCAUUCAUCGUCGAUUUGUCACCCUUGUGGCUGAUCUACAUCCUCGAAGCCCAUCGAAGGGCGAAUGAAUUCAAAAUCACGUUCACACUUCCGCUUCUCUAUGGAGUUGCCUUCCAGCUCCGCGGAAUUGGUAUUGUGGGACCUAUUUGGUUCUUCGCGCACUACGUGCAGAGCCCAAUCGCUGAUUAUGCAGCAAAGGACUGGCGACUCGUCAAUGUCGCCGCGGCAAAAACGGGCGGAGUCGCUGUAUUCCUGGCGUUCACAAUGCCAACAUUGGCGAUGUAUUAUCUGCCGAACCCUACCCACCGCUUGACCGUCAACGCAAUUUGGCAAGCGUUCCCAGUUCUCUUCAUCCUACUACACUACGUGCUCCGAAAGACUAUCGUGAAGGAUACGACGAGACACGACCGAAUCUACCAUGUCGAGGCCGAUAUGCCAUACACUAGAAUCGCAGUUUGGUCGUUCGCCAGUAUUUCGGCGUUGGUAUUCAAUGCAACCCGCUAUACCUCAAGUACUUCCCUCACAACAAUAUACUUUCCGGAUUGGAUACUUCUCAAAUCUGCCAUCUCCUCCGUGGACGGGACUCUCGACUUGAUCUCCGGCAUGAGACUCUUCUUGCAGGUCGAUGAGAUUGUGUGCUUCGGCGCUGCAUUCCUCUGGCUGGCGUAUCUGAUCGGGGACCUUAAGGAGGCCGAGAUGACGUCUGUCAGCUGGGCAAAAGUAGUCGCUCUUGCUGCCGCAGGCACAUAUCUGAUCGGUCCUGGAGCGGUUAUCCUGCUCAGCUGGUGGUGGAGAGAGAACAUCCUUGCCACAAAGCAUGCGAAGGGAUCGGUCGGCCCUGAUACCUGA